GGUGAAGGGAACGCCGCGCUGUCGGGAGUCGCUGCCGCUUUGAGGAUAGCGGGAGGGCGCUGUGUGGGGAGGUGGCUGUCAUGACGUAAACGAGUUUAUCCCCCUCCUCUUCACAGUGGUCUGACCCGAUCCCGCAGGGUAGAGUCGUCACUCUGUUAUGGGCUCUGCGGGUGUAGGGGAGUCAGUGUGUGCGGCUCCAGUGCUGGAACUUCAACACCAGCAGAGCAGUCUGGGCAGGCCUUCGCUUCUGCCCUUGUUUCGAAUGCCAAGGCUGAGCGCUGGGAUAUCCAGCUGUCUACCAAAGAAUAACUGAAACGAGAGCUUCUGGACAUGUGCAGUGUGUCUUUUCUUCCCCAUUGGUUAAUGUGACCACAAAGCCCACCCAACCAUGUGGAAUUAAGAUCCAGAGCUACCAGCAUUUCUCCAGUAAACAAUGAAAGUUCUGUUGCUGAAAGAUCCUAAAGAAAGUGAAAACGGACAAGAUCCAUAUAUAAAAGAACUGGGUUUACAUGGGCUUGAAGCAACUUUGAUCCCAGUUUUAGCAUUUGAAUUUAUUUCUCUUCAAACUUUCUUUGACAAACUUUUUCAUCCUGAACAAUAUCAUGGGCUAAUUUUUACCAGUCCAAGAGCAGUAGAAGCUGUCAGGCUAUGCCUGGAGGACAAUUGUAAAAAAGAAGUUUGGGAAAAUUCUCUGAGAGAAAAAUGGAAUACCAAACCAGUUUACGUGGUAGGAAAAGCUACAGCUGGACUUGUAGCUGAAAUAGGGCUCAGACCACAAGGAGAAAACUGUGGAAAUGCUGAAAAACUUGCUGAAUACAUGUGCUCCCGGGAGUCACCCAAUUCAUUGCCGUUGCUUUUUCCUUGUGGAGCUCUCAGAAGGGAAACACUUCCAACAAUCCUCAGGGGAAAAGGUAUUGCACUGGAAGGCCUUACCGUUUAUCAAACUACUCAACACCCUAAGCUUCAAGAAUCCUUGAGGAAUUAUUUCUCGCAAGAGGGUGUUCCUGUUAGUGUCACUUUCUUCAGUCCAUCUGGUGUCAAGUAUUGUCUGAAGCAGAUUCUGAAACUGUCUGGUGAUCUCAUUUCCCAAAUUAAGUUUGCUGCUAUAGGUCCAACAACAGCUGAAGCGAUAGCAGCUGAAGGAAUCUCAGUGAGCUGCACUGCCAGCAGUCCUACGCCACAGGAUCUCACCACUGGUCUUAGAAGAAGUCUCCAGCUAUAGAACUGCUGACACAUUUUAAGGCUGUUGCUGUUUGAAAUUAUGCAGCCACCAAUAAAAAUGCCUUCCUUGAAUUUGUAAUAUAUGGAUAUUACUAGCAUUUAUGGAGAUUAGAAGUCAUGUAGGCUCUGCCUUGUAAGAUUCUGUGCACCUUAAUAUUGUAGUUGUAAUUGUAAUGCAAAUUACAGUCAGUUGUUAAAAUUGGCUGUAACUGCAGCUGCCUAGUAGUUAGCACCUUGCAUCAUACCCUGAUAAAUGUGAAAUCUAACACUGCUGAGUACAUUUUAAAAAUAGUAAUAA